AAAAUGACUGGAGAUCUCUGGAGUAACAAACUGGAAAUGUUCAAAAGAAGAAUCAAUUUAAGGUAAUGAAUUAUUUCUGUUUCCAUUUGUAAUAAUUUAUAACGUUUAUUAGUAAACUAAAUUGAGAAAAUGUCGUUUAAAAUGAAUGAAAAUUGAAAAAAGCAUUUCGAUACAAUGCGUUUUUGGUGACCAGGUCAGGUCUCUCCUAACCUGUAGAAACUUUGCGCAUUGCGAGUUGUGCUCUUCAAGAACUAUGAACUCCACCUAUAUUACUGAGGACACUUUUCUGGUAAACACCACUUGUGAUUCUGCCUGUGACACCAGCAUCCUAAAAAAUCUGCCGCACUUCAGCGCAGCGGCUCGGGUCCGAGUCACCGUCACCUUCAUUCUGUGCGCACUGUCUGCCUGCUGCAACCUCGCCGUGAUUUACUCAGCAAACCACCACAACCACAGAAAACAAUCUCACGUCCGACUGAUCAUCACUAACCUGGCGGUGGCCGAUUUAUUGGUGACGUUUGUGGUCAUGCCGCUGGAUGCUGCGUGGAAUAUAACGGUGCAGUGGCUCGCAGGAGACCUCGCGUGCAGGACACUGAUGUUCCUCAAGCUCGUGGCCAUGUACUCAUGCGCUUUCAUGACCGUGGUGAUAAGUCUGGAUCGACAGGCUGCCAUCCUGAACCCUCUGUCUAUUAACCGAGCCAGGAGGAGGAAUAAAGUUCUGCUGAGUGUAGCAUGGACCAUGAGCAUCGUGUUAUCCAUACCACAGGUGUUUAUUUUCCACAUUGUGGUGAUUGAUUUUCCUGAGCAGUUUAUCCAGUGUACGACCCAUGGCAGCUUUAGCUCACGCUGGCAGGAGACACUUUACAACAUGCUUACUUUCACCUUCCUCUUCCUCAUACCUCUCCUUAUCAUGAUCUCUUGCUACACCAGGAUACUGUUUGAGAUCUCCAAGAAAAUGAAAGACAACUUGCUAUCCAAUAGAGUCCAGCUGCGCAGGUCAAAGAACAACAUCCCUAAGGCACGUAUGCGUACACUGAAGAUGAGUGUGGUCAUUGUCCUGUCAUUCAUGGUGUGUUGGACACCAUACUACAUGCUUGGUCUAUGGUACUGGUUCAAUCCUGCUGGUUUGGAGGAAACUGUCUCUCACUCCCUCUCACACAUGCUCUUUGUCUUUGGCCUAUUAAAUGCUUGUUUGGACCCCAUCAUCUAUGGUCUUUUCACCAUUCCACUGUGCAGAGGCAUGAGGCAGCGGCGGCAUGACAGUAACAUGGUAACAUUUGAGCUGGAGAACACUAAUAACUCUAUGAUGACCUCCCUCAGAUGCUCCGCCUCCUCUCUCACCUUAAAAAGACUGACAGUUCAGCAAACCUCUAAAGAAAUGCUUGAAUUAGAUGGAGGGCAUGUAGAGCGAAUUAGAGAUGAUGGGGGUGGAUAAAGAACGAUUUGGAUAAACACAUGAAGGAAAAUACAUAUUGUAAAAUAGCAAAUGCUUGUGUAAAAUGUAUGUGUCCAUUUUAUUAAGCCAUUCCUGUUAUACCAUAGGCACUUCACUCUUUUAAAUAUAUUUCUAUAGACAGUCAUUAUUUUACAUUUUUUAAAGUAUUGUCAAGUAUUUUAAUACUUUUACGUAUCCAAGUCUCCUGGUCAGAGUUGAAAUGACAAUAAAUUGGAAAUUGAAAUCUGUAGGGGCUUAGCAGAAACCAUUAAAUUCAAUGUUAAUAGGCUGUGACUCAUAAUCAUUGCGAGUUUCAUAAUUACAACUUAACACUUAACACAAACCAUCUUUCAUCUGUACGCAGCAAACGAUUUUAAGCGAACAAAUACAAAAUGUGACCAAAAAUAAGUAAAUUAAUUUUUUAAGCCAGAGGAUGAGAAAACUGGUCACAUUUAUAAACACUGCAGCCCACUUUAGCCCGUGUUGCGAUUAAAAGACCUGAGUGAAGCUGAAGACCAAUGCCUGUCAUAUGAAAUUAAUAAGAGCGAUACAACCAAUAAAAUUGUCUUGACAUUGAGUAUAAUAAUUAGCCAUGAUUGUGGCUUAUGAUCAACUUUUGACUGUCAAAUUGUGUUAAACAAAUAUAAUAAAAAUUAUAAUGAUGAGAAUGCUGCAAUAAAAAUCAAUCGUCAAACAUGACCUAUGCAAAAUUUUUAAGGCAUUUUCAUAUCAUUCUUUUGUGUGAUGAGAGCACAAGCUUGGUGUAGGCUGAA